UAAAUAAGAUGAAUGUGUCAAAGGUUACUCCAUCUUGGGAACUGUAGUGGUUAUGGCGUCCCCUGUAAACUGGAAUUCGCGGGAAAAUCUCACCUAGGCACCAGUUCCCGACCAAGAUACUUGUGAAGAAGGUAAAUAAACCCAAGAGGACGACUAUAAUAGCUUUCGCUUCGGUGGAGAAUGUGAACAAGAUCAACACAGACUGGAAGAAGAAUAAUUACACUGAGAUUAGUCAAGUUACUGAAGACUGUGUAGAUAUGAAAGCUAAAUUAUCGGCCAAGAAGGAGCAGGACUCUCCGGCGGUAAGCAGUGAUGGGGAGAUGACACUGCAGGAAGAGACCAAGGGUGGGAAAAGGGCGAGGAAGGGCCCGGGUAAUGUACCUAAGAAGCGGGUCACUGCUAGCACAAAAGACAUUGAAAAUAUCCUCAACAAUGAACCAGACGAAGAAAAUAGUGAAGAAGAGGAAGCCGGGGAUGAAGCACUUAUAGAGACUUCCGAUUCCAAAAAGAAAAACGGUGAUUGUGAAGACUUGGAAGAAAAUAAGGAAGAAGAGCCCCAGGGGAAGAAAAAACGAGGUAAGCAGGAAGACGGUAGUGAGUCUGACCUCGCAACCCCAGUCAAGAAAGGAAGGAUUAGAGUAACCACUGAGAUGGCAACGCAGGAGCAAGACGAAGACAACGAACCGCCCACGAGAGGAAGACAACGUGGGAAAGGCAGCAAGAAGGCCAUUAGUGUGGAUGACUCUAAGGAGAAGAAGAGACCGAGAGAUGCACACAGUCCCGACGAGUCCGACAGUAAGCCAGCAACGAAAAAGAAAACAAUUCUCCGUGGAAAUAAGAAGGACGACGACUCAUUAUCAGGAGAGGGCGACACUGAAGUCUUAUCCGAUGAGGAGGAAGAUGAUGAAGUAGUAGAGGUAAUAGACAUUGAUAAUGAUGGUAAUAAUGAUGAUGAGCUGGACAAAGGGAAAGUAACGCCACAAGGAACCCCAAAGAAAGAAGAGGAUGUAGACAUAAAGGAUAAGAACGAUGAGGAAGAGGAAGAAAAAUCACAAGAAAACCCAGAGACUGAAGAGAUGAAGAACGAUGGUGGUGAAGAGGAAGAAGAGAAUAAAAUAUCACAAGAAAGUUCAAAGAAGGAAGAGGGAGAUAUUAUAGUAAAAAGUGAUGACGACAAAGAGGAUGAUAAAGAAGGGAGCGACUCGGACAGCUCGUUGAAAGCCAAACCUUCGCCGGCUGUAAAGAAACGUGGAAGGCCAAAGAACAUAACAGAGGUGAAGAAAGAAGACUCUGAUGAUGAAGGGAAUGACUCUGGCAGUUCUGGAAAAGACAAACCUGUGUCGAAUAUUAAAAAAAGGGGAAGACCGAAGAAAGUUGUCGAGGUUAACGAAGACAGUGAUGAUGAAGAGGACACAAAAUCACGUAGUAGUCCAAGGAAGAAGAAAGGGGGAAAGAAAGAUAGUGAUGAUGAUGAUGAAGAGGACACAAAAUCACGUGGUAGUCCAAGGAAGAAGAAAGGGGGAAAGAAAGAUAGUGAUGAUGAUGAUGAAGAGGACACAAAAUCACGUAGUAGUACAAGGAAGAAGAAAGGGGGAAAGAAAGAUAGUGAUGAUGAUGAAGAGGACACAAAAUCACGUAGUAGUACAAGGAAGAAGAAAGGGGGAAAGAAAGAUAGUGAUGAUGAUGAGGAGGAAGACAAUGAACCGCUCACGAGAGGAAGACAACGUGGGAAAGGCAGCAAGAAGGCCAUUAGUGUGGAUGACUCUAAGGAGAAGAAGAGACCGAGAGAUGCACACAGUCCCGACGAGUCCGACAGUAAGCCAGCAACGAAAAAGAAAACAAUUCUCCGUGGAAGUAAGAAGGACGACGACUCAUUAUCAGGAGAGGGCGACACUGAAGUCUUAUCCGAUGAGGAGGAGGAUGAUGAAGCAGUAGAGGUAAUAGACUUUGAUAAUGAUGGUAAUAAUGAUGAUGAAGAAGGGAAAGUAAAGCCACAAGGAACCCCAAAGAAGGAAGAGGAUGAUAAAGAAGGGAGUGACUCGGACAGCUCGUUGAAAGCCAAACCUUCGCCGGCUGUAAAAACACGUGGAAGGCCAAAGAAGACAACAGAGGUGAAGAAAGGAGACAGUGAUGAGGAAGAAGAAGAGGAAGGGAAAAUAAAAAAAAGUGGAAGGCCAAAGAAGAUAACAGAUAACUCUGGCAGUUCUGGAGAAGACAAACCUGUGUCGAAUAUUAAAAAAAGGGGAAGACCGAAGAAAGUUGUAGAGGUUAAGGAAGACAGUGAUGAUGAAGAGGACACAAAAUCACGUAGUAGUCCAAGGAAGAAGAAAGGGGGAAAGAAAGAUAGUGAUGAUGAUGAUGAAGAGGACACAAAAUCACGUAGUAGUCCAAGGAAGAAGAAAGGGGGAAAGAAAGAUAGUGAUGAUGAUGAUGAAGAGGACACAAAAUCACGUGGUAGUCCAAGGAAGAAGAAAGGGGGAAAGAAAGAUAGUGAUGAUGAUGAUGAAGAGGACACAAAAUCACGUAGUAGUCCAAGGAAGAAGAAAGGGGCCAAGGAAGACAAUGAUGAUGAAUCUGGGAACUCGAGUGACUCAGACGCUAAACCUCUAAUGCCUAAAAAGUCACCAGGAAGUCCGAAGAAGGUGACUGACUCAAGUGACUCAGACGCUAAACCUCUAAUGCCUAAAAAGUCACCAGGAAGACCGAAGAAGGUGAAGAAAGACAGCUCUGGUGACUCCAGUGACUCAGACGCUAAACCUCUAAUGCCUAAAAAGUCACGAGGAAGACCGAAGAAGGUGAAGAAAGACAGCUCUGGUGACUCAAGUGACUCACACGCUAAACCUCUAAUGCCUAAAAAGUCACGAGGAAGACCGAAGAAGGUGAAGAAAGACAGCUCUGGUGACUCAAGUGACUCACACGCUAAACCUCUAAUGCCUAAAAAGUCACGAGGAAGACCAAAGAAGGUGAAGAAAGACAGCUCUGGUGACUUAAGUGACUCAGACGCUAAACCUCUAAUGCCUAAAAAGUCACCAGGAAGACCGAAGAAGGUGAAGAAAGACAGCUCUGGUGACUUAAGUGACUCAGACGCUAAACCUCUACCUAAGAGGUCACCAGGAAGACCGAAGAAAAAGAAAGAUGUUAAAGAAGACAGUGAAGAGGACACAAAAUCACAAAGAAGUCAAAGGAAAAAGAAAGGAGCCAAGGAAGAUAGUGAUGAGGAGGAGGAGGAGGAGGAGGAGGAGGAGGAGGAGGAGGAAGAUGAAGAUGAAGAUGAAUCUGGCAACUCAAGUGAUUCGAACGCUAAACCUCAGCCUAAAAAGUCACAAGGAAGACCGAAGAAAAAGGUGACCAAAGACAGUGACUCAGACAGUUCUGGCAACUCAAGUGACUCGGGUGCUAAACCUCUGCCUAAAAAGUCACGAGGAAGACCGAAGGAAGAGGUGACCAAAGACAGUGACUCAGACAGUUCUGGCAACUCAAGUGACUCGGGUGCUAAACCUCUGCCUAAAAAGUCACGAGGAAGACCGAAGGAAGAGGUGACCAAAGACAGUGACUCAGACAGUUCUGGCAACUCAAGUGACUCGGAUGCUAAACCUCUGCCUAAAAAGUCAAAAGGAAGAUCGAAGAAAAAGGAUGAACUGGCAAGCUACAAGAAGUACAUCAACCUGAUAGGCGUCAGGAUCAAUAGCUACAAUGCCUUACUGAGUGGCUGUAAGAGUGUUCGUAGUAAGAAGUUGAAAUUACUCCAGUUUAUGGAGGAACAUGGCUUAAAAGGUCGCCCAACUGUGGAGAAAUGCAAGAGAUUGAAGGCAAGAAUUGACAGGAAGAAAGAAUUGGAUGAACUUGACAUGGAUAACAUCAUACAGACAACCACCCAUGGGCGACGCUCUGCCUCUUCUCGCUUUCGCUUGUCUCCAGUAAAGACACAGAGAUUCCAGUCCCCGAUUAAGCCCUCAAAAGCAAAACCCAUCUCGGAAUCAGAGCUGGACUCAGAUUCAGACUCCAAUGAAAAAUCUGAUAACAGUUCCAAGUCCGAUUCAGAGUGAACAGAAUACAGUACCUUGGAUGUUUGGCACCUGACAACUGUAUUAACUAGGUGAUUUAGUGCCACUGUGGACAGGUAAGAAGUGCCACUCCAGUGUGACUAUGAAACUAAACUAAUACUUACGUACUUUAAUGUAAGGUCGGUGGUUUGUGACCUUCACAACAGAGUUCAUGUGUGGAGUGCUAGCCACUGCUUGCUCUUCAAGACCUGUACAAAAAUGAUCAGGACAUUUAUUUUAUUUACUUUAUGAAAAAAAAAUCACAAGUAUUUUGUUACAUAUAGGUAUCGUUGUUAGAGUAAUUAUCUUCACGUAUUAACAUACUGUACUUUAUUUUGGUUUUACUAAUUUUGAUGUUUAAACAUAUUGGUUUAUUUAGUUUUAUGUCAAGUGUUCCCAGUUAAUGUAAGGUCAGAUACAAUUAUAGAUGCAAUACAAAUUUCCUGUCAUAUACUGUAGUCACUCAUUCAUUCUUGCUACUGUGCAAGAUGUGUUCUACAGUGAUCUUCUCCCUCCAAGGUCCCAGAAACGGUGUACUGUACUGUUAUCCCCCUUCAUUUUACAUCUGUCGCUCAUCAGCUGCUUCAUUCUCAAAAUGACUUUAUUCAUAAAAUGUAUAACAGUGGCUUUUGAAACUCAUCUGCUUCUAAAUUGAGAAAAUCACUGGCCAUCUGCUAAUGAUGAAAUCUGACAGCAACCAGCCUAGAUCUGGCCGGCCACCGCAGGCCAGCCCAGACUUGGCCGGCCACCGUAAGCCAUUGUAAUCAACCCGGCCAUCCCAAACCAGCCCAGACCUGGCCAAAGAAGUACAAUUUAUAACGAUGUAAUUGUUAUGGACAUGAUAGAAUUAAUAAGGAAACACAACCUUUUUUUCACAUCUUAUCAAUUCCCUUUUUAUCAGAACCUAUAUAUAUAUGUAUUAAAAGGAUAUUGAGAAUAAAGAGUAAUAUCAAA